UAUUCCUAUUAUAAUGAUUUAUAAUAAUAAGGAACAUAAUAAUUGUAAAAAUAGCGUUUGAUGAAUCGCGUUGGUCACAAAUUCAUGUAGACCGGUGUAAAUUCCAAUGUGCAAAAAUCAAUCUGAAUCGAUUGGAAACGAGCCAACGUUCCACCAAACGUUAUCACCAUUAUGUUUUGAUCGCGUAGCGUUAUGGAAGAGACUGUUUUGGAUAAACACAUAAUCCAGCGCGGAACAAACCGCGCGUAGUAAACGAUUAGUCCAGAGCACAUAUUUAUAAACAAAUCAUUUGCUUUCCACUUCCCUGAUGCUACUACGGUUAUGCUUGGCAAUGGAACUCUAGCGCAAGAUCAAUGUCAAUGUCAAUUAUUAAGCGUAUGAUACGCAGAUCGCAUACAUUCAGAACAUUAUAGGGAAUGAAUGAUCAAGUUGUAUUGAAUGAAAACGUUUUCAUAUUCAGGAUCAAUCAUGAUCUUUACUACGCGUUUUCAUAUUCAGGUUCAUUCAUGAUCCAUAUGAUGCAAGAAUUCUAGAUGUGUGGUAGUACAGAAAUUAGAUCGAUUCAUGUAGGCAUCUCCGGUAAUACGCAUGCGUGAGAUGAAUUAUGCGAUCGAAUUUGAUAUUGCGCAGUCAGAUAAAGACUUGCCACUUAUACAUAAGCAUUAUGAUUAAGCAAUAUUGUGAAACCCUAUUAAACCAGACAAGCACCGCUAGGAUUACAAUUGUAUGCAACUAUCCAUGCUCACCACCAAGAGUUAAUCCAGGAAAACUCUAAUCUAUUGCAGAGGCUUAAUUGCUGAAAAGAUUCUCAACUCGGCUAAAUUAAUUGUAAGCAAGAUUUGCUUGGAAGGUUUAUAGCAAGAUUAUAUGUAUGCAAGUUAGAAUCUUGAUCGAUCAUGGCAAAUUAAUGAUGUGAAAAGGAUGAGCAUACUUUCUGGACGGUACAUAUACAAAUGGAAUAGUUUUCCACAGGAUCAGGAAAAAACAUGUUAAAAAGAGGGUGCGAAAAUGUCUGGAGAGGUCUGGACGAGGGUAUAUAAGGGGACCCCGUUUCAUGAAUAAAGGAUUCGCGGUAGAUUCUAGUACGAGUCAAGUCAGACUCUUUGUUUUGAAAUAUCCGAAACCACCUAAUUCUCUUCGGGUAACCAGUCCCUUUUGGAGGAGAAUUUUGUUUUAGAACUAGCCACAGAGUGGAUCUCUUCGGGUAACCAGUCCCUUUUGGAAGAGAAGUUCAACCUUAAUCCUCUUCGGGUAACCAGUCCCUUUUGGAGGAGGAUUAACCCAUCAGGGAACAUUCAGUGAAGCUCUUCGGGUAGCCAGUCCCUUUUGGAGGAGGCCACUGACCUUGAUGGUUAUUGUCGUGAGAGUUUUUGAGGUACGGAAAUUCUGUAUCUGCUCGACGGCAAUAAAGAGGAAAUCCUUCGCUUCCUCUAGGUUGAACACUCCCUCACAGUUUGGUGGCUCCAGAGAGGAUAAUAAUUGUUGGUGGUUUCAAAAGGUGUGCUGACGCCUUCUAAUAAGUCAGUUGUCCGUAAAACAAUUUCACUUUAAAAUCGCGUAAUUCGGAAGAACAUUGUCAACACUAUUACCUCCAAUGUGGAGACAUUUAUCGACAUCCGGAUAGUGAGUGUCGCUUUGAGCCAAAAGUGCUAAAGAAGAGUUACAAAAAAGUGCUCUACAGUGUAGAUCCAGCAACACAUCUGUAAUCCUUCAAACUGAAGGAAUUUGACGGCAAUCCAAACGGGGAGCGCCAUUGUAGGCCAAAAGUGCCAAGUAAGUCGUCAUAACCGCACCGAAUACUGUCUCAUCAGUGAAAGGAGCAAACGGACGGUCGACGCAAUAAUCUUGUUGGAUCAAUUUUUGGAUGUGCAGCAGCAAUCAUUUGUCGGCGAUUAGUUUGAAAGAAUAACAACGUCGAGAGGCCAACAGUGCCGGGAAGCCAAAGUAAGUCGUCAUAACCGUAUCGAAUACUACCUCAUCGGCGAAAGGAGCAACCGGACGGUCGACGCAAUAAUUUUGUUGAAUUAAUUGGAUGAUCAGCAGAUGUUAAUUGUCGGUGAAUAAAAGUUUAAAAACGCCGAGAAGGUCAAAAGCGCCAAAGAACAGGAAAGACACCAUAACCGUCGGCUACCGCCUUGAAGAGGAGGCAUAGCUUGGGACGGUAUUUGUCAUCAAUAGCAACAAAUUCAACCGCAACUGUCGGCUACCGCCUCUAGGAAGAGGCAUAGCUUGGGACGGUAUUUGUUACCAGCAAGAAAGAAAAUCAAAUCGCCACUGUCAGCUACCGCCUUGGUGGAAAGGCUUAGCUUGGGACGGUGUGUGCAGAACAUCGCAACAGGUAAUCACUGUCGGCUACCGCCUUACAAAGAAGGCCUAGUCUGGGACGGUGUUAGAAAUCAACCGGGACGUAGCUGUUCGUCAUCGAUCUACUUGAAAUUAAGUAAACAAAACGUUAAUCAUGCAAAAAAAUUACUUUGUCACAAAUAAAUCUGGUCAUUGUCGUCUUUGUGACAAACCAGAUGAAGAAGGUAAAUUUAUGGUAUGCUGCGAUGAGUGCGACCGGUGGUUCCAUUUGAACUGCGCAGGUCUAUCGCAACCUCCAAAGAAGAGUGAUCGAUGGAUAUGUGUUAAAUGCUCAGAUAUGGAAUUGAUGUGGAAAGGCCGUGUAUCAAAUAUAUCUAUGUUGGGUGAUCCAAAUGAUGAUCUUAAAAAAUCCUUGUGCAGACCAUCUUUAAUGGAAUUGCCUUAUUUUGAUGGAUCACAUAAAGUGUGGCCGCGAUUCAAAAUGACUUUUGACCAAACCACCAGGGCUGGGGGAUUCUCUGAUUUAGAAAAUCUGACGCGAUUGCAAAAAUAUUUGAAGGGAGAUGCUUUAAAAUCAGUUAGUUCUCUGUUGAUCGAUCCAAAUAAUAUCAAUGCAAUCAUGAAUCGUCUUGAAAAUAGAUUCGGGAGAGUGGAAGCUGUCUAUACUGGUCUCAUCAGAGAUAUAUUUCAAGUAAAAACUCCGCGUUAUGAUAACCCUCAAUCGAUAAUUGAUUUCGUCGGGGCAAUUGGCAGUUUGGUUACAAAUAUGCAAAGUUUGAAUCAUCCGGAGUAUCUUAAUGAUCAAAGAUUACUUCGUGAUCUCACAUCAAAAUUACCAGAAAACCUUAGAGGAAGAUGGAUUGAGAGCUUGGAGGAUCAAAAGGCACUAGCUACUCCUCAGGCUCCAUAUGUAGCUCCAACAAUAUCUGAAUUUUAUGAUUGGUUGAAACCACAUGAAAAUUUAGCUACGGUAUUGAUGUCGGAACGUAAUCCAAGAAACGAAAGAACUAAUCAGAUAAAUUUUCAUGAUAAGAAAAAUCCUUCGCUUAAAUGCAUAAUUUGUCGGUCAGCACAUAAGACUUCAGAUUGUUUUAAAUUUAAACAAAUGGAUGUCAUGAAAAGACGGGAACUAGCAGCCAAGGAGAAAAUUUGCUAUGCAUGUUGCAACUCUACUACGCAUGUAGCUUUGAAUUGUAAAUUUUCAAAACCUUGUAAAAUUGAUGGAUGUGGAAGGAAACAUCAUGCUUUACUACAUAUUAAACAAGGUUUAUCCAAAGGUGGAAAAGAAGAAACAGUAAACUGCCAUCUAAGAAGGAAGAAUAAAAUAUUUUAUGAGAUUAUCCCGGUCAUACUUAAAUACCAGGAUAAAGAAAUUGAAACCUUUGCUUUCUUGGAUUCAGGAUCAUCUGCCAGCCUGGUUCAACAAGAUAUAGUAAACGAACUGGGAAUCAAAGGUAUUAACAGUCCAAUGACACUUGCUUGGACGAAUGGUAAAACAAUACGAGAGAAUAAUAGCCAAGAGGUUCAAAUUGAAAUUUGUGGAAUGAAAGGUCGUACCUAUACAUUGAACAACAUAAACACAGUAGAAAAGUUAAGUUUGCCCUAUCAAUCUUUGGAUCGGGAAGAACUUAUUCACCGUUAUCCGUAUCUAUCUGGAAUAGAUAUUCAAGGAUAUUAUGAAGCUGAACCAAAGCUAUUACUUGGCCAACCUCAUGCAUUCCUCAUGAUAGGUUUGGAAGGGCGAUCAAGAGCAUUCAAUAAACCAAUCGCCCGAAGAACGAAGCUAGGAUGGGUUGUACAUGGACAACUGAAUAGGCAUCCUAAACAGAAAAAUAUAAAUCAUAUUUUUAUGAUCAAUGACUUCGAGGCAAAAAAUACUGAUGAAAUAUCUAUGAAGGGGAUGAUGCCAAAUUACUUCUCCACAGAAGGCUUUGGAGUAAAAGUACCACAAGAACAACUGAUCUCUAAACAAGAAAAAGCUAUUGAGACAGUUAAAAACAACCAACAGUACAACGACAAGAUUAACAUGUUGGAAAAGCAGUUGAUGCAUAUCCAGGAAAAUUAUAAAAACGAAACGGAGAAUAGCCAAAAUAUGAAGAAGCAACUGACAGAAUUGCGGUUGUCCAAGUCGGACGUUGAGAAGAAAGCGAAAGAUCUGCAGUCACAAGUGAUAAGCCUCCAAGCUGCCCAGGAUGCCCUCCAGCAAGAAGUGGCCGAUCUGCGGACGCGCAUACCUUUGGAGAGCGCCCGAAUCCAGAUGACCGAAUUGCAGAAGGAACUCGAGGGAAUGAUCCACUCGUUGGUGGGGAAUCUGGACAGGUCCGUGACGCGGGAACAGCAGGCCAUUGAAGACAACCGGAACCUGUCGAACAAGAUUUCCGAGGUGGAGAAGAAGAUCACUUCGAUCGAAUGCGAAUUGAAAGCGGUUCAGAGCCUAUACAACCAGGAGGUUAAGGAACCUCAAAUAAAGCUGAACAAGGCGAAGGUGGCUUGUCAGAAAAUAGAUUACCGACAAACUCAGCAGCGAUUUCAAAAACUCGAAGGAGAAUACCGGCACGAAUCAGAGAAGGUUUUAGCACUACACAGUCAACUGGAGCAGGAGCAAAAUAAAAAGAGCAGUUUGCUGUCGGAACUCAGCCUACAGAGCUCGGAGGCGGCCCACCUCAAGGACAAGGAGACACAAUUGGUGAAGAAGGUCCAGCAGUUUCAGGAGACUAAGCGAAAGAAAAACGAAGAGGAACGAACCAUUUUCGAUGUUUCGGAGGCAUACAAGGACAUUACUGGACGAGCCGAUGAAAUCCUCUGGGAGAAACCGAUUGACGAAGAGCUGAAGCCACUAGCUGACAAUCACGUUUUUCAGCUGGUAGAGCGCCUGGACGACCUGGUUCCACCAAAAUCGAAGUGUGUCGAUGGUGAACCGGAGCGCAUGACGGAGCGGUACUUCUUCUGCAAUCUGGAACGGUCACUUUACGGAUUCAAGCGAAACCCUCAUCGUUGGAAUAAUCAGCUGAAGGACCUGCUUCUGGAGCUGGGCUUCACCCGUUCCCAACACGACUACUGCUUGUACACCAGGAUCACCGAUCGAGGGGGGGUGUACAUUAUCAAAUACGCUGAAAAUUUGCUCAUCAUUGGCGACCGGAUGGAUCUGGUAAGGGCGAUCAAACUUGCACCGGAUGGAUCUGGUGAGGGCGAUCAAAAGCUCCAGCUGCCGGACUUUGGCGAAGUAAAUAACAUUUUCGAGGACCUGAAGCUAGUUCGUCCAGGCACGGCAUUCAUAUUGUUCGGAGACAACCGUGGGUGCAUAGCGAUGAUCACAAACACCGAAAUCAAGCGUGUGAAGCACAUCGAUGUGAAGCACCAUUUCCUUCGCGACCAUGUGGCACAAGGGCGACUUCAAAUCGAAGCAAUCGGCACAGCAAACCAGAUUGCGGACACGUUCACCAAACCCCUGGAACCUGGACGUUUCCGCGAACUAAGGACCCUCCUUGGACUAACCGAUUCAGGGGGGGUGUUGGAGUAA